AUUCUAAGUGGGUUCGAUUAGGUGGUAUAUUUUCUUCUUAUUCGUAGUCAGUUAAGUGUGACGCUCCAUUUGCAAUGAGAGAUUAGCUUCUUAAAUGGCUAAGAUAAAAAAAGCAUCAUUACGAUCCAUCGUUGAGAACUCAGUUUUAUAGCUUGGAUGUGCGAUUUUUCAUAGACAGUAAUAUAUACAGUAUUGAUAAUCAUGUCUGUUCAUCUAUGGAUACCUAGAACGAUGAUUUCGUCGACAGACCAGUGUUAACCCUCUUUUUAUGUGCCACGGUACCGUCGUUCCUUAACAGUUAUAAUUUUUUUUACAGCAAACUUAGUUGUCCUAGCGAAUUCGACAUAGGUUGAUUGUUAGCGAUCAUGCCCAUUUAUGUCAGGAUAAUAAAUGUUUUAACACCCGAUUUCACUGUAUUACAAGGGAGUCUUUUGGUUGUCCACGUAUCGUUAAAAUGUAAUGAGGAGAAAUAUCCAAUUGUAUUGUUUCUCAUCAUUUCAGGCAUCCAUAGAUUAAGGGUUUUUGUGCUGACAAGUGUUUAAACAUUGCUUUAUAUGCUUUUAUUACUCAACCAAAGUUUAUAUCCACCAUGCUUAGUUCAAUGCACUGGUUACUUUAUCAUUUUAAAGUAGGUCCGAAGUGCAUCAUGUCAAUCCUUGUAAAGUAAGUAUCUAUGUAUGGGUCGUUCGGUCAUACUCUUGUACUCCUUUUACUGGAUUUGUUCACUUAGGGUAAGGGAAGAGAACCAAAUUUCAGAUGGUAUUUUUUAUAAACUUUCGGGCUGUUAAAAGUUGAGCUACUCGUAAAGCAUAAUUAUAUCAAAUGCUAGUGCUCUUAUAUAGCUAGCCAGUAUGAAUUUUUUGAAUCAAUGUGAUGGAUGAUACCGACUAUUAUGCCAGUUAACGGUAGUACUCAAUCCGAUUUUGAUUCGUAGAUAUAUUUAUCAAAAUCAUUUUAUCAUUAGAAAUCAUUCUUGUCUGUUGCAUCACUUACAGUUGUCCUUGCCAGUUUAGACCUAUCCAAAACCGUAGUUACUUCUGAUUCAUUCAACUUAUGUCUUGGCUCAUAUCAUGGUUCCUGUCUCCCCGAAUUGUGUUAAGUUGUUCAUUUUUUAUUGGCGAAUUUUCGAACUACAUGUCUUCAUAAAGUAACUUUUUUUCUUCAUGACAGACUGCUUUUAAACUUAUAUGCCACCAACGAGAAUACUAUAAUGGAGGAUGUACAGGGACAUAAAAGGGAGCGCGGAGAGAAAAUCCAUCGAAAAAAGAAGAGUCGAGAUUAUGAGGUUACUGAUCAAACUGCUAGUCGCUUCCUCAAUCAUUUUUCGGACAACAGAUAUGAUAACCAAGAUAACGGCUGUCAUGACGCCGAGACCACUGAAGGUUAUGCUGACUUUAAUGCUACCAAAAGACCUUACUCUUCAAGUCGAGUUGUUUAUAGGGAUAGUGUAGAAAAGACAUACCCAAACGAAAAAGCAGAACGACAUAGGUCGAAGAAAAAACCACCGAGACAUGAAAAUGUGUCGAAUAUGGCUGGUAUGGAACACAAAUAUUCUGUCGAUCAAUAUCAAGAAAGUAUUCAUAGUUAUGUCAGUGACAAUGAGAAUCAGUACAGAAGUCGCACAGGUUCUCGAAUUUCUCAAAAUCAAGUACCAUAUCAUCAAGAUGAGGAAAGUGGAGUGUCUGGUUCUAUUCGUUAUGAUGGCUCAGUACCACCUUCUCCUCUUUCAGGCAGCAUUCCCAUUUCUAAUGGUCGUUCUGAGGAACAUCGAGAAUCUUCCAUGGGUUUACCCACUAAUCUACACUCUGAAUCCUAUUCGAGUUACGAACAACGCUUGCUAGAUGAUGGACAUUCCAAUGCAUUUGUUGGGAGUGGACGGGGAUUUUGGAAUCCUGAAUUCGGACAAGGUCAGCAUGAACUCGUACCUCACCAAAAUCUACCUGAGGUUUCGCCAACGAAAAACGUAUUAUCAAAGUUAUUCGCUUCUUUUAGGCGACGCAAGCCGAAAGCUCAUGUGUCACAAAUUACCAAGCCGUCUGAUAGUUCUACAUCAGUUUGCGUUAUUAUGCUUGAUGGUGAGGAGCUUGUUUUCCAGUUGAGUCGUGAUAAUAUUGGUCAAGUUCUUUUCGAUCAGGUGUGUCAGAACUUAGAUCUUUAUGAAGCCGACUACUUUGGACUGACGUUCGUCAGUAACAAAAUACGUACAUGGUUUUGGCUGGAUUUACAAACCAAGAUUGGAAAACAGUUGCGAGAUAACGAGCAACGGUUAUUUUAUUUUCAAGUUAAAUUUUACCCUCCUGAGCCAUCCUUGUUGCAAGAAGAGUUGACACGCUAUCAGCUUACUUUACAAAUUCGACAAGAUAUUUACACUGGGAAACUUCCUUGUUCGUGGGUUACACAAGCAUUAUUAGGUUCAUUUAUGGUACAGGCAGAAUUAGGCGAUUUUGAUCCGGACAAACAUAUUGGGUUAGAUUAUUUAAAUGAAUUUGAAUUUGUACCAUCACCUACACCCCAAUUGUUGAAAAAAAUUGUGGAAUUGCAUAAAACCCAUACUGGUAUGAAACCGAAUGAAGCUGAUAUUAAAUAUUUAGAGACUGCUAAACGGUUGGAACUAUACGGUGUUGAUUUACACCCAGCUAAAGAUACGGAAAAUGUCGAUAUUUAUAUUGGUGUUGGUUUUCAUGGUGUAGUUAUUUAUCGUGACCGACUGCGUAUUGGUCGAUUUGCAUGGCCUAAAGUUCUACGUAUAUCGUAUAAAAAAAAUAAUUUCUAUUUAAAAAUUCGACCUGAUUAUUCAGAACCUGUAGAAGCUAUUGUAGGCUUUCGUUUGUUAAAUCCACAUUUAGCUAAUCGACUGUGGAAAGCUGCCGUCGAACAUCAUGCAUUUUUUCGACUGAAAGAAACGCCAGCACCUAAAAGACCUUUAUCAACACCUAGUUUAAGUAAAUCACAAUUUCGUUAUACAGGACGAACAUUCUUCCAAUAUCGUACAACGAAUAUUGAUAGGCCACAUCCACGGUUUAAUCGUUCAAUGUUGAAGCGACGUACAGCAAGUAUGCCUACUGGUUUAAAUGCAGCUAUGAAUAUGCAUACAUUAAACAGAGCACAUCCACGUGAUAUGACUGUAGGCAAAAUUCAAAAUAAUGAUCAGUUACAAGGAUUACGAAGAUUUGGUUCUGUUCAAAUGGGUAGUGGAGUAAAUGGGAAUAGUAAUGCAACGCAAUUAUACGGAACUGUUCCACGACAUCAUCCAUAUUCUGAGUCUGUUGUGUCUGAAGUACAAGAUGUACAGUCUCAAAUGAGCAAACAAUAUAGUGAUGGUGUUUCAAAUAUUUUAUCAUAUGGGUCUGUAAACGGAAGUUAUGAUAAUGAAGCUCCUUAUAAUGAUUACGUAAAUUAUCGACACCCUGGAAAAGGUAAACCAGACGAAAUGUUGUCUGUUACAGGUGGAUCUCAAUCAAGUGAUUAUCCUAUUAUUCAGCCUGGUCAAAACGAUCGUAAAGGUAGACAUCCUUCUGAGAUAUCAAAUUCCAUAAAUGAGCGUAGACCGAAUUCUCCUAUAUAUGCAAAUACUAAAACACAUCGUCGUAAGAAGCAUCAUGAUGAGUCAUCAACGAAUACUGUCCAACAAAAAGAUAAUUACACUUAUGAUCCGAAUACGAGAAUAAGCAAUUUGUCAUCUAGUCAUAAGCCUCCUGUAGGUGGUGUGCCAGUAUUCGGAGGUGUAAUGCUUCCUAAUAAUCACCAUAAUCAGGAAGUAGAUAGAUUGAAACGAUCUGAUCAACUGCGCCCUUUGAAUUCUCCUCAUUUUAAGACGAAACAACAAUAUCAUUCAGAAGAGAAUGAUGAUGAACAAACUGUAACGCUCACUGAAGAUAAAGCUGAUCAUAAUCAAUACAAAUCCAGUUCUAAACAUCGAAAACAAUUACAAACCGAUCAUUACAGUGCAGUAUCUAAUCAUAAUAGACCUAGACAUUCCGGACGAUCAGUGAGUUAGAGUAAAGGCGGUGUUUAUUAUUUGUGCAUGGUAAAAUAUAUUUUUGCUUCGAUAAUAAUAAUGCUGGUUUACACAGCUCAUUACAAUUAUAUUACUUUUUUCUGAUUUGUUGGUUUGUUAAUGCAUUUAAUGAAUCGAAACCAGGUAAAUGUUUAAACUCACGAGUAUUGGUUAUGGGAUUCAGGCUUAUUUCUCCUGGGUAUACUUACGAGGUGAUGCUUGCUCCCUUCUACACUCCCAUUUUCAUCACACGAGUUCUAUGUAUGUUUAUUUAUUUAUUUGGACACAUGAAUAUUGGUACAAGAGAGCGCCAAUAUAUAUGCGCCACACAAAACAAUGAAAAUUCGAGAGGAAUACAAAGAAAGAAAAAAGCAAUAGCUGGCAAACUGACUGAUCAUGUAUAUUCUCUUGUAUUGAUCGUUGGGUUAAUCCAUUUAGAUAUUUUUACUUUGUGUUUUCUAUAUAACGUCAGCUGGUUUGUUUUAUAAUUAAUACAAAUAUCACUUAGCUGUUUCAUUCUUUAAGAAUCGAGCUUACAGUCAGUGUAUCUAGACGAAUCUAACUCGCAGUAUCAUAUUUUUCAAAUAUCUAAAAUAUGACUGUCUCUUUUGGAUCCACUAGUAGCCUCAAUGAGUGUUUUUUAUGGUUCAGGAAAUCAACGCAUAUCUUGUGGUAUUUAAUUUUUGCUUACAUCACCCUGAAUAGGAUUACCGGCAUGGUAUUGUGAGGUAAUUUUUACGGUGGGCUGUGUCCUGAAAAUAUCAGGACGAAUAAUUAAUUCAGUUACCAUUCUUUUAAGAUGUUGGUAUUAUACAUUGUUAGCGUAUUUUUUUGUAUAUAUUUCAGCAUCGAAGACAAUCAGGAAACGUAGAAGGCAUGUUAUAAUUCGAAGAAAACCCACCAUGUAACAAACUUUAUUAUCUGGUCGUCGUUCUCUUCUAUUAUACAUACUCAGCGUGGGGCUUCCAUUUUUUUGAAAACAUAUUUGAUCCUUUCCACAGUUUUUAUUUGUUAUGCGAUUGUUAACAAGUUUUUUAAAAUAUUUUAUCCUCUGUGAUUUACAUAACAAUUAUUCAAACAAUAUUUGAGACUUUUUUUCGCACUUAUCCAUUCAUACGUAGUAUACACACGCACACUUACUUAUUGUACCACCCACUAUAAAUUUAUUGUCCUUUACAUAUUAUUUUAUGCUUAUUAUGAUUACUGUUUUUCUCUUUGAAUAUUUUUUCCAUUGUCUCAUUCCACUUUACUCAUGCAUACAUAUCAUUCUUAUAUAUAUGGAAAAUUAUUAUCCGUUUUUAAUUUCUCUAAAUUUGUUAUUUGUACAUGGUUUUACUUUUAAACCCAACAUACCAUACAUUCAUUUAUCUAGUAGAUUGUUCUCAAGACUAAAUUAUAUAUAUACGGCGUAAUUUUGUU